AUGCUUUCCUACAAAGCCAUGUGCACUCUCGGCUCUGCCGUUAUAUUGAUCUCCACUUCAUUCAUUAUGGGUGUGUUCUACAGUAAUCUGGCCUACGAUUACAAAGUCUUAUUCCAACCAGAUAGUGUAACAGCUGAAGAUUUCGAAAGAACUUUGAAACAUUACCAAUUCUUAAACGAAGUCGGUCAUCCGCUUCUGUACAUCCUGAGUGGUGUUGCAUUCUUAGGUUUGAUCGGUCAUAUGGUUAGAUUGUACAAGCCAAACGAAGAUUUAAAGAUGUUUGAAUAUGGUUCCCUUGGUAUGUACGUCAUGGGUAUCUGUGUGUUCAUCACUAACAUCAAGACAGGUAUUGAAUGUUCUUUGACCGGUAACUGGGGUGAAGUCACUGAAAAUCAAGGUAUCGCCGUGCUAGGUUCAUCUAACAUCAUCUUAUUGUGUGUCUUCAUUGGUGUUCUAUUAUUACAAGCUGGUCUAUGGUGGGCCAAUUUCGAUUUAGACACUAGAAUGAAACAAUUCUAUGCUGAUGAAGCAAAGAGUGCCACUACUAAGAAAGAACAAGUUCCAGAGAAAGGAAAGAAGGGUGGUAAGAAGCCAGCAGCUCAAAACAAGAAGAAGAACUGA